GCGCCCCUCUUGCGGAAGUAAGGCAAAGUUCACCCUGAUAGCUGUUAACAUUCUAGUCGUUGCCCUGCUGUCUUCACAUACUACCAGCACAGUUUUGAAUCUGGACACAAAGUUAAAAUCCAGAACUACUUCAUCAUGUCUGUGCCUUUGGUUUUCGACGGGAAAGUUGUUAUUGUCACUGGGGCCGGUGGAGGACUUGGGAGAGAAUAUGCAUUGGCUUUUGGUGUGAGGGGUGCCUCAGUAGUUGUUAAUGACCUCGGAGGAGAUAUUAAAGGGGGAGGGAAGAGCUCCAAUGCUGCUGAUAAAGUCGUGGAAGAGAUAAAAGCCAAGGGAGGCAAAGCAGUGGCUAACUAUGAUUCUGUAGAAGAUGGUGAGAAAUUGAUCCAGACUGCCCUGGAUGCUUUUGGGCGAAUAGAUAUUGUUGUUAAUAAUGCUGGGAUACUUCGGGAUCGUUCCUUUGGCAGAACGAGUGAUUUGGAUUGGGACCUCAUCCAUAGAGUCCACCUGAGAGGGUCCUUCAUGGUCACUAGAGCUGCCUGGAACCACAUGAAGAAGCAGAAGUUUGGGAGGAUCAUCAUGACUUCAUCGGCUGCUGGCAUCUAUGGCAAUUUUGGGCAGGCGAACUAUAGCGCGGCGAAGCUGGGUCUGCUGGGAUUGGCCAACACCCUAGCCAUCGAGGGCCAAAAGUACAACAUCUACUGCAACACCAUCGCCCCGACCGCAGGCUCGCGCCUCACAGAGACUGUUAUGCCCCCAGUUCUGUGUGAGUCCUUGAAGGCAGAAUACGUGGCGCCCCUAGUUCUGUGGCUGUCUCAUGACCAGUGUCAGGAAAAUGGAGGCCUGUUCGAGGUUGGUGCUGGCUGGAUUGGAAAAUUGCGCUGGGAGCGUUCACAGGGCCGCAUUGUGAGGAAGAAGAACCAGGGCAUGUUUCCUGAGACUGUACGAGACCAGUGGGACAACAUCUGUGACUUCACCAAUGCCACCAAACCUGCCAACAUCAAUGAGUCCGUGGCCACAUUGGUGGAGGUGCUGUCAAGAGUGGAGACUGAUGAGGGUAUUGCCCCCAACCCCACCAGCGCUAUGGCCACUGCUGCAUCUGGGAUCAGUCCUCUGGAGGCGGUGGGACAGAAGCUUCCGGAGUCGACCUUCAUCUACUCCCAAACUCAGUGCAUCCUGUACGCCCUAGGAGUGGGCAUGUCCACCAAGGAUGACGACCACCUCAAGUUCCUGUACGGCCACGAGGACUUUAGCUGCCUGCCCACCUUCGGGGUCAUCCCCUCCCAGGCAGCCAUGAUGGACGGAGGGCUAGGUUCUGUGCCUGGACUCAACUUUGACUUCACCAGGUUGUUGCAUGGAGAGCAGUAUCUGGAGCUUUUCAAACCAUUACCCACCUCCGGAACACUGACGUCUCAGGCUAGAAUCGCAGAUGUGUUAGACAAAGGAUCUGGCGCAGUCAUUCUCCUGGAUGUCCACACGUACAGUGGUAAAGAACUGUUGUGUUACAACCAGUACUCUCUGUUCAUCGUGGGGGCCGGUGGCUUUGGAGGAAAGAGAACAUCUGAUAAAGCAAUGAGCACAGUAGCACAUCCAAACAGAACUCCUGAUGCUGUGAUGACUGACACCACAACAAGGGACCAGGCUGCCUUGUAUCGUCUGAGUGGGGACUGGAACCCCCUCCACAUAGACCCCAGCUUUGCAGCAAUGGGAGGAUUCAAAUCCCCUAUUCUGCAUGGCCUGUGCUCAUUUGGGUUUGCGGCUAGGCAUGUGCUGAAGCAGUAUGCCAACAACGAUGCCUCCAGAUUCAAGUCCAUCAAGGUUCGCUUUGUAAAGCCAGUGCUACCAGGCCAGUCUCUACAGACUGAGAUGUGGAAAGAAGGAAACCGAAUUCACAUUCAGUGCAAAGUCAAAGAGAGCGGUGCUGUGGUUUUGUCAGGUGCCUAUGUGGACUUGCAUGCUGCUGCAGAUGGCUCCCCACAAAUUCUUCCUGAGGCAGGGGGACUCAAGAGUGAGCUGGUGUUUGCUGAGAUUGGCCGUCGCAUUAAGGACCUAGGGGCUGAGAUGGUGAAGAAGGUCAAUGCAGUGUUUGGCUGGGAGAUCACCAAGGGGGGAAACACUGCAGCCCAGUGGACCAUUGAUUUGAAAACUGGAGCUGGCGCCUUGCACAAGGGCCCAUACAGUGGCAAAACCGAUGUGACCAUCACUGUAUCUGAUGAUGACUUCAUGGAAGUAGUGCAGGGAAAACUCAACCCUCAGAAGGCGUUCUUUGCAGGCAAGCUGAAAGUGCGAGGGAACAUCAUGCUGAGCCAGAAGCUGGAGGUGAUCCUUAAAGACUAUGCUAAACUGUGAGGUUGAGCGAAAGGAGAACCACUCAGUUAUCUAACAUGUUUGUUUCACCUGAGGUAGCAGCAUUAAUUGCCAAUGUGCAUAAAGAUGGCAGUCCAUUGUUUUAACACCAUCCACAGAGCCAAUAAAUCAGCACAAUGUGAUUUUCUUUUUUUUCAAAUUGCACCUCUUCUGUUACAGUAAUUUAACCUGGAUUUCAAUGCAUCAUAUCUGGUGAAAUAACCUAAAUGAGUUAAAAUGAUAAUUUAAUGCUAUUUCAACAAAUGGCCACAUUACACUGAGUGUUAGCUGGGUCUGCGAUCAUGAUUUUUACUAAACUGUACAUGAACAAUAUACUAUAGUGUGAACUGGGGAUGCUUGCUGUAUUCCAGGGCAAUGAAAAAAAAGACUAGCAGAACCUGUCUGCUGUGAUCCAGAUUAGGCAAAGUUUAAGUGUCCUGACUUCCCUAAAAUCCAAUGUAACCCACAUUAACAAGUGUUGGCUUGGUGCAACAUGCUACACUAAUUUCUAAUAAAUCUUACGCACUUUCA